CCGGAAGGCACUCCAGUGGCGCAAGGUAAAGUUCUGCGCAAUUUCUGUGUGUUAUUCGUGCUUGGCAUUUGUUCCGAYAGUCUUUCAAAUACUGAGUUUAUGUAUUUCUGAUUUUCUCGUUCUGUUGCAACUACAUUUGAAGGUGGCCCCGAUGCCUUCGUUGGAAUGGUAGGUUUGGGAUGCACAAAGCCAGGACAAUUGUGUCUCAUCACGGGAUCUUCUCAUUUGCAUUGUGUGGUUUCUUCUACAUCUUCCACUGCCCCUGGAACCUGGGGAGCAUACAAAGGUGCCCCACUCCCAGGAACGUGUUUUGCGGAAGGAGGCCAGUCGUCGACCGGGAGCAUUAUUCGAUGGGCCCGAAACAUUCUUGGUGAAAGCGAUCGAGAGUACAAAGAGCUCGAUCAAGACGCUGCCGAGAUCCCACCUGGCUGUGAAGGCCUCGUGGCAUUGGAAACCUUCCASGGAAGCCGAACUCCCGUGACCGAUCCGCUCCAGCGAGGUGCUUUGCUKGGACUCACUCUGUCUCAUACCCGAGCCCAYAUAUGGCGAGCCUUGAUGGAAUCCGUCUGCUUUGGAACGCGGGCUUGUUURGAAGGAAUAGAAAAGGCAGGCCACGGCUGUAACGAGAUUGUGAUUGCCGGCGGUGCCACUCGAAGUGAUUUGUGGCUUCAGAUGCACGCAGACGUUACUGGAAAACCUGUGGUGGUCUGCGAAUUCGCGGAUGCACCGCUGUUGGGAUGUGCCAUUCUGGCGAGCGUGAACGCAGGUGUUCAUGCAAACGUCGAUGAGGCGAUCGAUUGCAUGGUGCGGAAAGCGAAACGAGUCGUGCCUUCCGAAGCAGCUUCGAAAGCAUACGAUAAGUUAUACAAAAGUGUUUACAGCAAGGUUGGGAGUGCAACGAGACCCGUAGCUCAUUCUAUCGCAGCUUUUAGCAGAGGAGGCCACGUUUCAGUCCCCUCGGAGRGAACUGAUGCUCGCAUACCCAAGGUCCCAACAAUAUCUCCUUCCCUUCUCGCUUCUGACUGGUCCGACAUUCGAGGUGAAAUACAGCGYUGCUUGAACGCGGGAGCCAACAGGCUACAUGUAGAUAUUUUUGACGGAGUAUUCAUCGACUCGCCGCAUGCCCUGACAUUCGGUCCACAAAUGGUAGAAGCGAUGAGACGAUGCUCCAACAACGAUACCGUAUUGGAUCUCCAUAUUUGCGUAGAUCGCCCCGCAAGGUAUAUUUCGGCAAUGAAAGAAGCCGGGGGGAAUACCUUCAUCUUCAUGUGGGAGGCUGCAAAAGAUSCUGAGGCCGCUCUGGAAAUCGCCCGCCAGGUUGCUGAGUCGGGCAUGGAUUGCGGAAUUUCCAUMAAUCCUUCGACACCGGUAGAGGACAUWUUUCCUCUCUUGGAGUCGGGGCUGAUUGAUGUCGUAGAUGUUCUUGCAGUUGAGGUUAGUUUGCUUUGAACUCGGUGGCAUUUUUGUAUUUUYUAUGGAUUCUGUUGUUUGUGUUCAUCAAUAUAUUUAUAGAUUCACUGCAUAUUCUGACCUUCAGUUCGCUUUKCAUCGUUUCUGCGAAACUCAAAUAAUUGUUUGGCUUCCUCGAUACAUGGGUGACAAUAUGAAACUGUGUUAGCCCGGCUUUGGUGGCCAGCGAUUCCAAGACAGCGCAAUCAAGAAGAUUGAAAUCCUUCGUCGAUUUCGCGAUAAUCGUGGGGAAACAAACGACCAGCGUUGCUUUCAGAUCAUGGURGACGGCGGAAUCAACCAAGACACCGCAAAAUUAACCACCGAUGCAGACAUACUGGUCGCAGGUAGCUUUCUAUUCAACAAACAAUACAUACRAGACGGGAUGUCUGAGAUCGAGGCCUCGUUCGCAACAAUACCGUAAACACCGAAAAGUUAASGAGGCACGUCGAUAAAACAGAAGUGAAAUC